AAUAUUAAAAUUUUAAAACAAUUUUAAAAUCAUGAUCAGAAAGUAAACAAACAUUUUUAAAUAAAUUGUUGUGUUAAAAGUUAUUUAGUUUUUAUUUAAUCUUUUACAGUGGUAUAGAAAAUUUUGUAAUUUUAAAUAUUAGAAUAAUAUGUCAAAUCCCAUUAAAUUGGCUUUUUCAAACGACAAUAUUCUCGUAUGGAAUGCAAAUGAUUGGUUAAAAUUACGACAAGAUUAUAGAAUAAUUGGCGAUUUAAUAGGAUGUUUACCAAAGUUACCGAGGCAAAAUAUUUUGUCCGGUCUUCCUCUCUCGUUACUUCCUGAGGAAGCAAAAUUAUUAAUGGACAAAGGAGUUGCACGUUUAGUUCAUUAUCCUUGUAUGAAACAAAAACCAAGUGAUGAUUUAGAAAAAUUAUUUUUAGAAUUUAGGGAAAAAUUAUUUUUGGAGCAGGAAGUAUGCCUUAGAAAAGAAAAAGAAAAACAGGUCAUAUGCAUGAUGGAUAAAAUUGUCGAAGGUAAACGGCGAAAAAUUUUAGGAGUAGAAACAUCAAAGAAAAAAAUGAGAAAACCUUUGGAUGAGGAAACUAAAAAGAAAUUAGAAACCAUUGAAAUUGAUAGGCAAAAAUUAUUCGAUAAAGAAAUGGCAAAAUUACCAAAAUUAAAAAAAGAAGAUGCUCUUAUUCAAACACAUACAGAAUAUCCAUGGGCAACAGAAGAAGACGCUAAAGAUGUUGAUUGGAAUUAUCCAAAUACACAAGAAGAAAAACUUCGUUAUAAUGUAUUUAAAGAUUUAUGGGAAAAAAAUUUUUACAUUACCAGUGGUGUUAAAUUUGGAAGUGAUUUUCUCGCAUAUCCAGGUGAUCCAAUUAUGUUUCAUUCACAAUUUAUAAUUCAUUGUAAAGAAAAAACGGAUGUAUUGUCUGUUAAUGAACUUGUUAGUAUUUGUCGAAUAGGAUCGAGUGUUAGAAAAACUCAAGUUUUUGCAAGUUUUUCUGAAGAAAAUGAUAAAAUUGAAUAUCAAUCUUUUCAAUGGGCCGAAUCAAAUGCAUUUUAAAUAAGAUUUUUUUGUUUUUAAACUUUAUUAAAAUUUAUAAUCUAUUUUUACUUUUUACAAAUAAUAAUGAUAAAUAAUUAAAUUGUAUCUUUAAUUACAAAA